CCGGUGCUGCGCGUGCUGUUGUACCCGGCGUGUCUCACAAGCUUGUUUGGGAAGCUCACCUGGCUGCCGCUGAUGGAAACCAGACAAGAGCUGUACUCUAGUGUUCUGAGUGAAGCAGUGGUGGACUGGGGCAGCAUGGGUCCUGGAGAGGAAUGGGUUAACUCAGCCACACGCGAGGGAGAGCAGGAGAGAGGACACCUCACUGCAGGUUUUCUGGACUCUGAGCCACUGAGAGAGGCCGAUGAGGAUUUGGUAUCAGAAGUCAACUUAAACAACUCCAUGAUGACAGAGGAGGAGAGAGAGGAGAUCCAGCAAGAACUGGCUAAACUGGAAGAGGAGAUCAAUACAUUGAGGCAGGUUUUGUCGUCCAAAGAGAAGCAGCACGCAGAGCUCAAACAGAAACUGGGCAUCACCCCUCUGAGCGAGCUCAAAAACAACUUCAGCAGAGGCUGGCAUGACAUGCAGAGCUCCACGGCCUACAAGAAGACUUCAGAGACGCUGUCCACAGCGGGGCAGAAAACCACAGCAGCCUUCAGCACCCUCGGCACCGCCAUCACCAGGAAGUUUGGAGACAUGAGGUCCAACUCCAUAGGCUACUCUAUCAGACAGUCUAUGAGCAUGCCCACCAUGAGAAACUCUCCCAGCUUCAAGUCUUUUGAGGAGAAAGUUGAGACCACAGUGUCCACUAUCAAGACAAAGGUUGGUGGUACAGCGACUGGAGGAAGCUUUGAAGAAGUCCUCUCAUCUGCAGCAAAUGCCAGCUCUCAGGACACGCCCACUAACAACUUGACGGACAGCUCUGAGAGGCCGUGUUAGAGGUGCAUCCAAACCACCAGGCAGGACUAAAAAAAAUACAGGAACUCUUAUCACUGCUGUAUCACAGCACUUUAUCACGUAUCUACCCAAAGCUCUGACUGAGAUAUUACAGAAUACUUUCAUUUGAACAGUGUUGAUGUUUUUCCAAACAAUCCCACAUAUGUUGUAAAGUCUCCUAACACUUGGAUGGAAUUUCCUGCAACCCUAAAAAGCUUAGCCUUGAUAGAAAAUUGACACCAUGUCAUGUUUUGACCAGGUUUAGAGCUGGGUGAUCUGUUGUUGAACGGCUCUUGUCAUACUUCAGUGUAGUGGAUUUUUUCAUCAAAGACGAAUGUCACCUGCCCUCCUGUGGCUCCAAACCAUGUGAACAGAUGAGGUUGAAGUGGUAAAUCAGUGAAGCCUUAGUUAAAAAAACAAUGACAAGCAAGGAUGAACAGGUUCAAAAUCAGCCCCCAGGAGGCAGAAAGAACCAUAACCCAGGGUUUCUGGUCUGUAUUUCUGUCACUUUAGUUGAACGUUGCAUGGUUUGGCUCUGGCUCAUCUCAUUACCCUGUCAGCACAAGUGAAAAGCUCAGCUGGAAUCCCUCAGACACAAAACAAGAGGUUAUUGAUUCCUUCUUUUGCUAUGUAAACUCUUCAGAUGUGGAACUUUGGUAGAUAUUCAACACAUUUUACAGUGCUGCUCCACAAUAUCACUACCACUCUUAACCUUCAUACCAAAAAAUACAAAACUGCAUUUUUAGGUUAUUAUUAGAAAUAUGUGUUUGAUAAAAAAAAAAAUAUAUAUAUAUAUACAUAUAUAUAUCAUUUUAUGUUACAUUUUAGUACUUUUAACAAAAUGUGUAUAACCCAAGCUGAUGUCAUCAACCCAGAACUCCUGGGUGAAAAAGUUGUAUAAAUGAUUUUACACUAAGACGGGACUUCUUGCUCUUGCAGGGAAUCUGCAGGUUUUGAAAAGCAUUGCAUUCAGUUUCCAAAGAAAAAAAAAAGAAACAGGGGUCUUAGAAGGUAUUAAAAAGUCUUAAAUUUAAGGCUUCUUUUCUUGUUUUGUCCAUCCAUCAGUCCAAAAAUCAUUACUAUAAUAUAUUACAAAAAACAAACAAACAAAAUCUCAACAUUUUGUUGCUAAAAACAGAAAGUUUGACAUUUUUGCUUGAAAAAUGUUGACAAUUAUUGAUUACGAAGAUAAUUUAUUUUAUUUCAAUGAACUAAUAGAUUAAAUGCGACUAAUUGUUGCAACUCUAAAAAUAAUUCAUUAUUUUUAAUUGGUUAAUCAUCCAUACUUUCUGCUUGCCCAGGUUAAAUUAAUUAAAUUAAUUAUUUUAUAAAUACAUAUUGCUUGGAAGCACCAUAAAACGUGAUGGAACUCAGUGAACCCUGCAGAAACCCUGUCUUAAGAUUUUAUUAUAGCACCUAAAACUAUAUUUUGUGAUCGUCACAAAUCCAUCCAGUCAUACAACUUUCUGAAAAUCACACAUCUGCUGGGGCCUGUUUGCACGCUGGAUCAUACUAAUGGCACUUAUUUUUAGUCUGUUCAUUCACACUAUAGGACAAACUAGUCUAUAGGAAGCAAUGAAACACUGUGAAUGUGCCAUGUGCAGUGAAAUAUGGACAAAUACUACAUUUUGUAUUUCAUGUGUAACUGUAAUGAUGACAUACAGGUUUGGUUUUCUCAUGACUGUCUACUAAAAAACAAUCUGACUAAUCACUUUGGAAAAUGUAAUCUGAUGCUGGAUCUAGCAAAUGCACACUAUUCUCUGCAGAUAAGACAGCCUAGACAAGGGAACUUUAUUUUGAAAACCCUGAUUUAGCAAAGAAUGAUUACAGCUGUAAUUGAACAGAUUUUAACCUGAGAUGGUCCAGAAAACUCAAAAGUUUUUCUGUCACCUGCUGACUCACAGGAUAGAAAAUCUGAUGCCUAUUGCUAUGUCACUGAUACACAAUAUAUAACAUUAAUACAACAUCAUACUGUAACUGCUGCGUAGAGAAGCUGUAAUACAAUCCUUGGCUGUAAUGUGACCCUGAAGUCCAGCACAUGCUGUUAUUGUACCAUGAGAAGGUUGGUGCCACACAAGAUAAAAAAAAAAUCUUAUCACGUGUCCUUUUGGUCUCGGUGGCCACUGCAUAACCUGCCAUCAAAGUAGCAUUCUGCUUUCAAUAUAUAAUCUGUUUUGUCAUUUUUCUCAUACUUUCUUUCUCCUGCUAGACUUUUAUUUUCUUUGUUGUGGUUUGAGAAUAUGCCCAGAAUCACUUCAUGUUUAAUUCAGUCUGUCCAUGAAAUGUAUUUAUUGAAUUAAUGUCAGCAUUCAAAGAACUGAAAGAUUUUAGCAAGAGAGGAUUGUCGGCUCUGACCUGUUACCAAAUAACUGAGGUAAUGCAUGUUCUGUCAUUGGAAAAUGAAUUACAAUUUAUAGUUUAUAUUUGUACAUUAAUGUUGGCUUGAAAUCAAAUUGCACUCAUCACUAGUUUAAAGACCUUUUUACAAAAGCUUUCACUAAAACUAAAACCCAAAGACAUAAACUGUGACAUUCAAAUAAAAUUGCUGUGUUUAACAUA